AUGGUGUCGACACCCCCAGAUCUUCGACCCAUUGUCAUCUCCGGACCCUCGGGCGUCGGGAAAGGGACACUCAUUCAAAGACUUUUCGACGCACAUCCCAAUAUAUUCGGCUUAACCACGUCCCACACGACGCGGAAGCCGCGACCGGGCGAAAUUGAUGGUUUCACCUACUUCUUCGUAUCUCCCGCCGAGUUUUCUUCUCUUCGCUCCCAAGGUGCACUCGUGGAACACGCAUAUUUCAGUGGCAAUUACUAUGGCACGAGCAAGCAGACAAUUGACGAUCAGGUUCGCAAGGGACUGGUCGUGGUACUAGAUAUUGAGAUACACGGCGUCAAGCAGAUGAAGGAGAAUCCUAGCAACGAUGCGCGGUACAUAUUUAUCAAACCACCGAGCUUUGAAGCGCUGGAAAUGCGCCUCAGAAAUCGUGGCACGGAGAACGAGGAAGACAUCCAGAAAAGGCUCGCUCAGGCUAAAGCCGAACUUGAAUACGCCGACUCCCAGGGCAACCAUGAUAAGAUCAUUGUCAACGACAGCAUCGAGAAGGCGUAUGAAGAACUUCAUGAGUUCAUAUUUGGGUAG